CUCUGUUGUUGAAAAUUAGAAAAUGAACUCUGUUUCCAGGGAAGCUUUAAGAAAUUAGUUUUUCGUUGCAGUGAAAGUAUUAAUGAUUUCGUAUGGCUCAACCGGGUAGUGAAGGAGCAGCAGAGGAUGGAUUUGAGAUACCUCAAGAUCUCUGUGAAAGACUGGAGAAUGUAGAACUAGAUGAGGAAGAGACAGAGACUUUAUUGCAAGAGGCAUUGGCCCUCAAUAUGAGAUUAAAAGCUGAACUUCAGAGAAGAGAAAACAGUGACUUAGAAGAUAGCAGCGAUGUUACCAACUCUAGAGGACCGCAGGGUCAUGACGUCUUAUCAUCAGAUAAACACAUAAAAAACUCAUCAGCGAGACAUAGAAGACCGGGACAGAAAAACAAUCCACUGCCACCAAUAUCACCAAGUAAAGGACAAACCGCAGGGUCUGGGAAUCAUCGGAAAGGUGGGCCUCUCAAGUCCAAAGGUCAGCCAGAAAGACGAGGAGCGUCGUCACCGGCUCCUCACGCCAUCAUAGGCAGGAUAGUCAACAGUGCCGGGAGUGUUGAAGGAUCUCAGCGAAGAGCCAAGUCGGCGAAGAAAGAUUUAGAAGGGAGACCAACCCGCUCAGCUGAACAGAGGAAGAAAAAGCCAGAAUGGAAUGAUAGAUUCUCCUACAAGUAACAACUUCAUCAAUACCAUUCUUCACUACAACAAUCCUUGGAUACAAUAAUGACUCAUUAUAACUAUACUACAAGCUGUCAGUAAUCAACAUGAGGCCUUGUGAUGUAAGAUUGAUUGUAUCUCUGAUGUCAAUUGCAUUUUCAAUGGAAACCUUUCUUUGAUUAAUUUUACUAGUAUUGCGCAAUGUUACCAUGGUGCUUACCAUGGAUUAUAAUGUUGAGAUUGUAACUGCAAGGAGUCAAGGACUUGGGUGAUUUCAAGUCGGUGUUGGCCUUGGUGUUGGUGUUGAAAUUUUGACUGCUUCCCCUAGCUCCAAAACCUAUUCAGAUUUUAUAAAACUGAUCCAGAUAACAUUAUUGACAUCUCAAUAACUAGUGAGUGACUUUUCGGGACCAUCUUCAUGUUAUGUUUGGUGUUAUAAUCAUGUUAAAAUUGACCUAACACCAACACCAAAAAUGUCAACACUGAACUUGAAAUCACCCAAUAUGACCAUCCCAAACAAAAAUUAUAUCAAGUAAUUUCAAUUCAGUUCAUUUAUUUUCCUCUUUCAAUCUUUUCAUAUUUACAAAGAUAGUUCAAUUUACAUGUAGGCCUACAACUUACUAUAACACUUUAAUCAACUUGUACAAUACAAAAACAGAAUGAAAUUGAAAGAAAAGGAGACUGACUAAAAAGCAGAACUUUCAUUGCGAAGGCCCCCUUUUCUAAGAACAUAUAUUGUGAUAAAAAUGAAAUCGAAAAUAAAAUAAAAUUAAAUGAAUAAGAACUAUAAUAAAUGUACAUUGAUCACAUAAUAUGACUGCUCAGCUAUGUACAUGGUCAUGAUGCGGGAUGUUGUACUGAAGAACUGAACAAUUCCCAUUGAAUUUGUCAAUUUAUGUAUUCCAUUUUAUCCAAAUGGGAUUCAAUUCAAUCAAAUAGCUUAUGAGGCGGAGUGUAAUCAGUGUUAUUUAAAGGUAUCCUUUUUUAUAAUGUAACUUUAUUGACAUGGUGGUUUUAACCUCAUUUCUUAUCAGGAAGUUUUGGCUCCAUGGCGCACGAUGGAAUCAAGAACAUAGAAAAUAUAUUGUCAAAUGCCCUUUAUGACAAAAACCUUCCAAUAAGUCUUUGUCGAAAAUUAGUGAAUCAAACCAGCAGUUUCGUCCUGGACUCGAACAAACAACAUAAUCGCAAUUGUCCCUCAGCUCCGCAACUUCGGAUGAAACUUGAUCUGGUUCAACCAUUUUUGACAAAGACCUCCCAGCCGUUCUUUGUCAUUUGACAGGCAUUUUCAAUACAUUUUCUAUGUCCUUGAAUCUGUUCUGGGUCGCGAUGCAACAACUCCUUAUUAUUUCCUUAAGAACACUGAAUGUAUCUUGUCAAUAUUUGACUAGCUUCAUGAAGUGUACCUGUUACUAUGAAGAUUUUUUUUAAUGUUGUUGUUUGUGCAAUGUAUUUGAAGUUGAUUCCUUUGCCAGUUAUAAAAACAGAGUUUGUAGAACAUGGUUUAUGUGCUCUGUCAGCAUAUUUUUGUGUGCAGUCUUUGACAGUAAAAUUUGUGUGAUUUAAGUGAAGUUUAUUUCUUAAGGAGUGUCUGUUUAUGAUUAGAACUUUUGUUUUCUUGUAUUCAUUUAUUUGUUUAUUUAUUUAUUUACUUAUUCAUUUAUUCAUUCAUUUAUUCAAUCCUUUAUUUAUGUAUUUAUUUAUUUAUUCAUUUGUUUAUUCAUUUAUUUAUUCAUU